GUCAAGAAGCCAGACAAAAAAUUCAAGUGCUUUGGAUGUUGUCUCAAAUAAAUAUUGGUGCUCCCAAUUCGAGGGAUGUUGGUACCAGGUAGCAUCCAUGCAAUCCAGCCUCUAAAGAUCUUUGGGUCUGCAUCCUCCCAACCGACAAUCUGUAUCUUUUUGCCUCUGGUACCCGUACCAGAGUUCGGUCAGUCUUGUAGCUUUUUGUGGGUGCAACUGCUCAAGCCAAGGUGCGUGUGACUGCAAGCACUCGUCCCAGGAUCCUGGAAUGAUGUACCGUGCCACUCUCUCUCAUAAUUCUAUGGAUGCUCUAUCAUGACCUUCUCGUCAUCGUUCACUGCCGCCAUUUUCGUCCUCUUGUUUCUGCAGAAUGCUGCUUGCUCUGCAGAAGAUGAGGAUAUACCGGUGACCCUUCACCCCCUUCGAUAUUGCGCCGACAGGGGAUGGAUGGGCUGUAACGAGUAUUCGUACCCCUAUGGUACCUUUUGGAAGGAUGCUGGUAUGCUCGAGGAGAACCAAGACAUGGCUUGCAUGGCUAUCAUGGGAGAGGCUCCAUCCAACCCAAAGUACCUGGUCAUCUUCUCCAGUGGCCAAGGAUCCAGCAAGGAUCUGGGCAGUGUUGUCAGUGGGGCCCAUGAUGGUUGGCAAUGGGAUACCACCGGGAACGGUGGAACAUCGAGCACUGUCAAUCGGUUGAGUGUGGCGGCCGAAUUCUACCAAGAUCAAACCCGUUUCCUUCCCAACCAUGAAACUCUUUACUUGACCUUGUUUGAUUCCCAGUUUAAUCAUAUGGACUCUGCCAAUGCAAAGCAAGCGACCCUGAAUGGGUACGCUGCGUAUUUGGAUAGCAAGGUGUUGUCUUGGGAUAACAUCAAAGGCAUUGUCAUUGCGGGUGCCUCUCGUGGUGGAUGCUUGUCCAUGCGCUUGUCCCAACAUUUGCGUGCCCAAUACAAUUUGGACCAUGUCAAGUUUGCGUUGGGAACCAUUGAUGGUGUUUGCAAGUACACACAAAAUGAGUUUGGCGUCACAUCGGAUACUAUUGACAAUCCUCUCCCUGGAGCCCCGGCGGGCUACAAGGCUUACAAAACGAAUAUUCCAGCUCAGCUGCAAGGGCCCAAAGAAGACUACUGCAUUUGGCAGUUGACUCUAGGUGACGACGCAACGGGUAGAUUGAGCUUGGGAAUUCGGGGCUUCACUCACGAGACCUGCAGCGAUAUCUACUGCGAGUUGUUGGACGGCAAUGGCGACCCCUUCUACACACAGGUGUGGGAUGAUCUUUGCCAUUCUUGUGCAACAAUGAACUUUGAUGAAGUGUCACGAGCCAGAACUUCGGUGCCAUUGCUGGAUCACUUGGCAGUAUGUGUGAUUCGCUUUGGAUGGGGCCUGUUUGAUGAUUCAGUUGCAGUGGCCAAGCAAGGUCCUUGAUGAUGAAGUGCAUGCGUGGACACAAUACGUACCGGUAGCUUUGUAAUAAAUUUCAUUUCUCUAC